UUACCUCUCGUAGUUUGCAGAGGGACACGAACAAAAAGAAAAAGAAGAGAAAGGAGCCUUCUUUCAACUUUAGUUGGUUGAAGCUAGAAAUGAUUUUAGUUGGAAAUUAAUUGAAGAGAGAGAAAGCACAGAAUCUCUAAGAGGUUGAAACCAAUUGCCCAGAAUCCAGGAAACCCUUAUCGAUUUGGAUUUUUUUUUCUUUCUGAGCGGUGAUUUUCCCUGGAAAUUUUCUCUGUUUUUUUUUUCUUUCUGGGCAUUUCUAUCUGUUUCUGGUCAUCUUUCAUGCUCUCUAACUAAGGUUGUCUCCUUUCACCUUUCCCUCUUCUGUCAUGGGUUUCUUGUCCUCAUCUCCUCUAAUAAAGCCUCCAUCUCUCAAAUUUAUGUAGAAAUUUGUCGACUCUUCAUUUAUCUUCUACUCGGGUGUUUUAUAGAUCAUCAUCGUCAUCAUCUCUCCCCUCUUUAAGGAAAGAUAGGAAAACAAGCUCAAGCUCUUCAGUUUCCUCGCACCCACUUGACAGAUUUGUCACCUUUCCCUUCAAAACACUAGCUUCGCUUGAAUCUUAGUUUUGCCAAUCAAUGGAUGAGAUAUCUCCGGCGGUUGCUGUGCCAUUCAGGCCGUUCCCUCCUGAGCCGCAGCUUGAAUUCGCCGGACUCAGGCUAAGUAAAGGGUACUGCAACGGUCAAUACUCCACCGACAAUGGCGAUUCUAGGGUUUCUAGUGCAGAACACAUGAAUCGGAGACAUGGGUUCUCGUUGCCUGAGAGUUCCUGUUCUGAUUCUAAGAAAGACUUGGGUUUUCGGGUCAAUUCAAAUUCGUCGUGUUCAAAGCUGAGGGAAGUAGCCGAUCUCGUCGGCGAGGAAAUCAACGGCCCGGAUGAGUUUGACCCGAGGUCAACGGCUCAGGGCGAGAAGAAGAUGAUCAGCAGAACGGAGAGCAGAAGUCUGUUCGAGUUCAAGAGUGUGCCCUUGUACGGAGUGACCUCGAUAUGCGGAAGACGACCAGAAAUGGAAGACGCUGUUUCGGCCAUUCCCAGGUUUCUUCAGGUCUCGUGUACUACGUUGUCCGAAGGCCGUGUCUCUAGCGGAUUGAAUCCCCACACGAGUGCUCAUUUCUUCGGCGUCUUCGACGGCCAUGGCGGUUGUCAGGUGGCGAACUAUUGCCGUGAGAGGGUUCACGUGGCGUUAGCGGAGGAGAUAGCGAAGGAGAAACCAGGGCUCUGCGAUGGGGAGACAUGGCAGGAGAAAUGGAAGAGAGCCCUCUUCAAUUCCUUCCUGAAAGUGGAUUCCGAGAUCGAAUCCGCAGCUCCAGAGACUGUCGGCUCGACAGCUGUUGUCGCUGUCGUCUUCCCCACUCAUAUAUUCGUUGCCAAUUGCGGCGAUUCCAGAGCCGUUCUCUGCCGCAGCAAAACCCCCCUCCCAUUAUCCGUAGAUCACAAACCGGAUAGAGAAGACGAAGCGGCGAGGAUAGAAGCCGCCGGAGGGAAAGUGAUACGGUGGAACAGUGCUCGUGUUUUCGGUGUUCUUGCCAUGUCUAGAUCCAUCGGCGACAGGUAUCUGAAACCGUCGAUAAUCCCCGACCCGGAAGUGACGGCGAUCCGACGAGUGAAAGACGAUGAUUGUCUUGUCCUGGCGAGCGACGGUCUGUGGGACGUGAUGACGAACGAGGAAGUAUGUGACGUGGCACGCAAGCGAAUACUCUUAUGGCACAAGAAGAACGCCGUGGCCGGAGACGCCCUGUUGCCGGCCGAGCCGAGAGGCGAAGGGCUCGACCCGGCGGCUCAGUCGGCGGCCGAAUACUUGUCGAAGUUGGCUUUGCAGAAGGGAAGCAAAGACAACAUUAGCGUUUUGGUCGUGGACUUGAAGGCUCAGAGGAAGUUUAAGAGCAAAGCUUUAAACUGAACUAAACUGAUAUUUGAUCAUAUACCCCAAAAACGGUCCAAAGGUAAUUAAUAUUUACUUCCCAAUAUUAGUAUUUUUUAUUCAUUUUUACUAACCUGAUAUAAGAUUAUAAUGUAGCCGAGUUCACAAUCAAAACAAGCCCUUUUAUAUUUUUCCUCGGGGCGAAAUUGUAAUUUGACUACUAUUUUGUUCAAUGUUGUGAAACCAAA